AUGUCAUUUUCUGGGACUUCCUUUGGUUUGUCCUUAACAACCGCUCUGAAUGCCAUAAAUCACGCGAAUGAUAAGAGAGCAACGGAGGAAGUAGCUAGUGAUGAAGGAUUAGUAUUUACAAUGGAAGAUGUUUGUCAAGAAUUGGAACAGUUAAAAACCCAGGUAAAAAUUGUGACGAAUAGAAAACCCACAUCCGGUACCGGUGCCAAAUUUAAAGCAGCCAAAUUGUAUGAGAUGAAAAAGAACGGGAAAGGUGUAGGAAAACUAGACGAUCCCUUCGCCAGUCACGUGUCGUCCCUGAAUCCAUGGUCGUAUUACAACCGAGAUGCCAAAUUCAUGAUUCAUAAUAAGAAAAUGAAGAAACUAUCAGAUGAUGAUGUCAUCCAACUAGCUCACUUUGAAAUUGGAAAACGCAUAGCAUAUCAUAAAGAGAGAUGCGAGAACAACGAGAACCGAAUGCAUGUUCAUUUUCGGCACAAACUUCAAGAGCUCAAAAAUCGAGUCGAUAGAUCAAGAGCAAUCGUUCUUACUUUCGUGGUCCGAAGUCAUAAAGAGGACGAGAUUGAAGUUCUGGAACGAAAAUUGUUUCCGUUUUCCACACGAUUGUUACUGUCAAUGGAUUAG